AUGGGAAUAAUAUACAAGACUAUUAUCAAUGAGGGAAAGAGCAAUUCCAUUUUGGUGAUUGGGGAAAGUGGAGCAGGUAAAACAGAGACAACAAAAAUGCUUACGCGGUAUUUAGCUUAUUUGGGUGGAAGGAAAGCUACAGAAGGUCGCACAGUUGAACAACAACUCCUCGAAGUGAUGGCAAUUAAUGAGUCAUCGAGGCUGUAUGCUUCAAUUACAACGGAAAACGUUCCUGUUAAAAUACUUGUUCAUCAAAUUCUUCCCCCUUCUACUUCUAACUGCAACUUUUGUGCUAUGAAAAGGAAGUUUAACCGAAAGGUAAAUGUAGAAUCUUAUGAAACUCAUUUACCACUUUUAGAUGAAAUCAUUCAUCUAACAAUAUUAGCUUUUCUGGUUAUGUUGUUUUUCCAUGACAAUCUUUCCAUGACGUCAUUGGAGGAGGGGUAUAUGCCACCUGUAACAUUCAUUGUUGUACAAAAGAGGCAUCACACAUGUUUCUUUCCUAUGAAACAUGGAGAUAAAGCUAGCACUGACAGGAUUGGCAACAUUCUUCCAGGGGCUGUGGUUGACACAAAGAUUUGCCACCCAAUGGAGUUUGAUUUCUACCUGUGUAGUCAUGUUGGUAUUCAGGGAACAAGUAGGCCAACAUAUUACCAUGUGUUGUAUGAUGAGAAUAAGUUCACUCCUAAUGGUCUCUAA